AUGGCCCUACUGGUCAGCCUGAGUGCACAGCUCACAAACACAACACUUUUAAAAGUGCGGAUUAAAAGGGGAGAGGGCAAAACGCUUUUUGCUGUGAAUGAUGGAGCCACCUCCCCUAAACUUGUCACUGUGAAUGAUGGAGCCACCUCCCCUAAACUUGUCACUGUGAAUGAUGGAGCAACCUCCCCUAAACUUGUCACUGUGAAUGAUGGAGCCACCUCCCCUAAACUUGUCACUGUGAAUGAUGGAGCCACCUCCCCUAAACUUGUCACUGUGAAUGAUGAAGCAAGCUCCCCUAAACUUGUCACUGUGAAUGAUGGAGCAACCUCCCCUAAACUUGUCACUGUGAAUGAUGGAGUAACCUCCCCUAAACUUGUCACUGUGAAUGAUGGAGCCACCUCCCCUAAACUUGUCACUGUGAAUGAUGGAGCCACCUCCCCUAAACUUGUCACUGUGAAUGAUGGAGCCACCUCCCCUAAACUUGUCACUGUGAAUGAUGGAGCCACCUCCCCUAAACUUGUCACUGUGAAUGACGGAGUAACCUCCCCUAAACUUGUCACUGUGAAUGAUGGAGCCACCUCCCCUAGACUUGUCACUGUGAAUGAUGGAGCCACCUCCCCUAAACUUGUCACUGUGAAUGAUGGAGCCACCUCCCCUAAACUUGUCACUGUGAAUGAUGGAGCCACCUCCCCUAAACUUGUCACUGUGAAUGAUGGAGCCACCUCCCCUAAACUUGUCACUGUGAAUGAUGGAGCCACCUCCCCUAAACUUGUCACUGUGAAUGAUGGAGCCACCUCCCCUAAACUUGUCACUGUGAAUGAUGGAGCCACCUCCCCUAAACUUGUCACUGUGAAUGAUGAAGCAAGCUCCCCUAAACUUGUCACUGUGAAUGAUGGAGCCACCUCCCCUAAACUUGUCACUGUGAAUGAUGGAGCCACCUCCCCUAAACUUGUCACUGUGAAUGAUGGAGCCACCUCCCCUAAACUUGUCUCUGUGAAUGAUGGAGCCACCUCCCCUAAACUUGUCACUGUGAAUGAUGGAGCAACCUCCCCUAAACUUGUCACUGUGAAUGAUGGAGCCACCUCCCCUAAACUUGUCAUUGUGAAUGAUGGAGCAACCUCCCCUGAACUUGUCACUGUUGGAAAAACAAAUUAUAAAUAG